AUGACACAAAGAGUAGAAGUGAAGGAUAUCAUCAAAACUCUAAUAAAUGGUUCACCUAGUGAGCAAUUUUGUAUAGUUUGUUUUGAGUCAGUAGAAGGCACAAUUUCUGAGAAUGUUUUCACAACUAUUUGCAAUGAAGAUGAAGAGUUUUCUGUUGGACAAUUGUUGAAAAAUAUAUGUAAUACUAAGCUCCACCUUACAAGCAAUGAUAGAGUUUGUUUAAAAUGUUUGAAGCUAGCAACUGCUACAUAUAAAUUCUAUACACUGGUUAGUGAUAGUAGAAAAAUAUGGGAUUUUUAUGUAACAGAAUUAACAUCUCAAGUUUUAAGUAAUAAGUCUGAGUUAACGAGUGAACCAACCAUUGUUGUAUUACCAAAUAUACUUAAUGCUAAUAAAUAUUUGGAUCCAGAAACAAAACAAAACAUAAAAGACAAUAUAAAAAGCAUUCUGAAAAUAAAUGGAAGACUAUUAUGUAAGUCAGAAAAGUCAAAAGCUGGAGCUGUAAAGAGUGUGGUCCAACUAAAGCCACGAAGAUCGUGGAAAAGAAAGCCCAUGAUAUCUGAACAAUGUAUGCAGUGUCCAGCAAAGUAUAGAAUGCUUGGAAAACUUAAAGAACAUAUGAGAAUGGAACAUGGAAUAGAUAUUCAUAUUUGUAAGGUUUGUAAUGCAUGCAUAGAAGAUGAAAGAGACUACAAAUUUCACAUACAAACGCACACAAAUUUAUACAUUUGUGACAUAUGCAGUAUGACAUUUAGAGGUCGAAAUGGUGUAAUUAACCAUUUAAAAUGGCAUGAUAACAUAAAAAAACUUAUUAAAACAGAUCAAGGUCACAUUUGUGAAAUUUGCGGACUUAUUUUUGAAAGUGACAACACUUUGGAGGAACAUAAUUUAACAACACAUGUGAAAAAUUAUACUUGUUACUAUUGUGGCAAGAUGUAUAAGGGAGAAGUAUCAUUUGAAGCUCAUAUAAGAAAACAUGAAUUUUAUAUGAACAAAAACUCAACAGAUAAAGCAAUAGAUGUAAGAAAACAUGGCAAACGGAGCUCAUUCACAUGCUGUCAAUGUGGGAAGUCAUUUAAACAUGAACGUACAUUGAUGUUCCAUGAACGAUUGCAUACUAAUGAGAGACCCUAUGUGUGUGAAGUGUGUGGAAGGAACUUUGUAACAGUAAAUCGUCGCAACCAGCAUGCGCUAUGUGCGCACACGGCGCCUACGCGACGAUGUCCACUGUGUCCUGCCCUCUUUCAUUUGAGGUCUAUGGUCAAUACUCAUAUUAAGAAGGUACAUCUGAAAUCGAACAAACGUUGCCAACGCCCUCCAAAAUAUCAAAAUGUGUACUGGAAAACAAAAACUGUCCCAAUUCAAGAGUUAAGCAUCGCCAUACAAGAUAAAGUCUUUAAUUUAGAAGCAGGAAAAAAUAUCAAUCAUUUAGUAAGUAGAUAG